AUGGCUGCAAAGUGUCAGAGGCACACACUAAUGCAUCAUUCUUUUCUGCACAGAAUUCAAAAGUUAGGGGUGGCUGCACAAAAGGUCUUCCCGUUUACAAGAACGUUGAGAUCCAGAGCAGGCGAUAAGUUCUACGGCAUCGGCUUGCUGAUGGGUCUUCUCCUGUGGUCAUUUGGUUUUCUAUGGCUGUUCUUUGCAGUGGCAGCCAUCAUUCGGUUGAAAAGAUUUCCAUUCAACCUCGGAUGGUGGGCAUUCACCUUCCCGCUCAGCGUCUUUACGACUUGCACGAACCAACUGGGCCGAGAAAUGCCCUCCAGAUUCUUCAAAGUCCUAGGCACAAUACUAUCCAUUUGUGUUCUGUUAUUAUGGAUUGUGGUAUCGCUCUUCACACUGAAAGGCGUCUUCAAUCGCAGUCUAUUCGUAGCACCCUGUCUGGGUGACUUACAGGAGUAUGAGCCUAGGAAGUUCCAGAAAGAGAAGUACUGCUCAAAGGCAUAG